GUAGUCGUCGCUAAGAUUUAUUAGAUUACUACAAAGAAGUGUAACUAUUCAUUCUGAUUUUUUAUCUUCAUUUUCCUUUUUAGCAACACCAAUACCUCCCACGGGCUCUCCACCCUCACCAGGUCAGUAUAUUGGAGUAGUCUAGCUUUGUUUUUUUCGAAUGAGGUCAAUGGCGAUUUUGUAUUUUGUGCAGGAACUAUCUUGAUUUGGCAUAGUGUUACUUCCAACCAGAAAUAUUAUUAAUGUUGAAAAAAGUCGAUGACAUGUUGAAGCUAAUAAGGCGCUUAUUCUGUGAAAUUGAAAUAAUAUUAUGGACAGACAACAUGAGGCAAAAUUCUAUCGAAGAUUUUAUUCAUAAAGAUUGAGCAGCUCUCUUCUAUUGUAUACUAAAGGUGCUUGCGGAGUCCGUCCUCACUCCAGAAUUGUAGGCGGUGUCAAUGCCAAACACGGAGAUUGGCCGUGGCAGGUUCAGCUGCGCACCACGGGUGGUUUCCCCUAUUGCGGUGGAUCACUCGUCGAUCCUGAAUGGAUUGUAACUGCUACUCAUUGCAUCGAAGGAAAAUCACCCAGCUCCAUUGUCAUAAGGUACGGUCAAGCUUGCCACACGAUGUAAAUAUAACACCUAUUUCUUGUCGAACUUUUGAUACGUAACACGACUGAACUAUAGCUUCUCUAUUGCACAAGAAUCACGAGCAGGCUUUCGACAAGGUAGCUAAAGAUGCUGAUCGAAUAGUUUUGUUAUAAAAGAAAUAUUUUAAAAUAUUUCUUUUUUUCCCAAUAUUUUCUUGGUCAUCAUCAGUCGACAAACUUAUGUACGAAAGAAAGUCAACAUACUAAGCUUUCCAAAAAUAUCGAGAAUUGAGGUUAUCAUGAAUUUAUUAGAGUGCAUAUAAAAGAGUUGUUACAUUAGAUUUCGACGAAUAAGUUUCGCUCUCAGGGUUGACCUUGUCCUAUAUGAGUGGUAUGACAUUUUUUAUAACCCUGGUCUUUUCCUUUUUAGACUCGGCGCCCACCGACGUGUUAAUGUGGUUGGAACUGAGCAGGACAUUCGAGUUAUCAAAGUAAUUCCACAUCCGCAAUAUCACCAACCGUACCGAUACAGCAACGAUAUCGCCUUACUGAAACUGGAGAGACCAGCUCAAUUAAACAGGUAUUACAAGUAUUACUAUUGGAAACUGGAGCAAGGAAACAAUAACUAAUGACUCUAGAUGAUAGCUACAUUCACUUUCUGAUCAAAGAGAACCAGUUUUGUUCAGAAGAUCUUUCUUCUAUAUCAACGGAACAUUUUAAGCUUCAAAUAACAAAUACAAUAAGCAUUUUUCUAUAAAUUGACCCAAACAUCGCAGUUUUAUGACACAGCUAUCGAUUUUUAAAAGUUUAUUUAUUCCAUAUAUCAGCACAUACAAACACAUAAUCAAAUUUAUGGAUAACCUCUCGAUGAUUGACUAUUUAAAAGUUUACGUUGUUGUAAGUGAACGCCAUAUUUAUGAGGUAACCGGACAACAUUGAUACCCCCAUACUGGUCUUUUUGACCUUUAGGUAUGUGAACCUGGUUUGUCUUCCCCAAUCUGUUCCUGCACCAACCGACGGCACCAGAUGCUGGAUCACAGGCUGGGGCCGACUUGCUUCCGGGGGUGCUACUCCAGACUAUCUUCAGCAGGUGCAGGUCCCGGUGGUCAGUUAUGCUCGUUGUAAUGGAGCCUACCCAGGAAAGAUCCAUGACUCCAUGAUCUGCGCAGGCCUGGACCAGGGAGGAAUAGAUUCCUGUCAGGGGGAUAGUGGGGGACCGAUGGUCUGUGAGACUGGAGGAAGGUUCUAUCUGCAUGGCGCCACCAGCUGGGGUUAUGGAUGUGCCAGCCCUGGAAAGUUUGGCGUCUACGCGAAAGUGAAGUACGAGUUGAACUGGCUUAACUCUGAAAUGUCCAAAAACUAGUAAAACCGACAACAGCCCUAUGGGGAUAUUUAAUAUUUAAAAAGAUUAAUAAGAGGGUUUAAUUUGGGAAAUAUUACUCACGCAGGAAAUAUCAUAGAUAUUGUAGACUGAUGGGUCAAUAAAAGCAAUGGAAAGAAAUACUGAGUAUUUAUUGACCUAAAUACAUGGUAAUAUUCCUUUUAAGAAAAGAAACCUCAAGUUCAAAAACAUGCUCGCAAAGAAGGUGCACUAAGAAAUCAAAGAGCCUAUAUCGUGAUUUUUCGCUUGAAAAUUUCGCGGUAAAUUGGCCCUUCUGUUUAUGCACUGGAAUCUUAGCUAUAACUUUAAGUUCUCGUUAAUCAGCCGAAGGUGAGAAAACUUAGAUGUUAAUAGUUUACCGCUCCCAGAGUUUAAGAGCAAGAUGUUGUGAGACCAAACAGAGAUC